AUGCGUUUCACCCAAACGAAUGGAAGUGGGAUGGCUGAUCCCUCGCGUCGCUUUCGCUUCGGCAGAUUCUCUCUCUCGACCACAGGCCUUUUGUUUUGCACCUUCUGCUUCCUUUACCUUCUCUCCAUCCGCUACUAUCAUUACGCCAGCUAUCGAGAUCCCACAUCUUAUUUCUUUGACCCCCUCCGUGCCUACGAGCGGCGAUAUUCAUCCACCAGAAUUGCAGAGGCAGAAAGGUUUCUCAAAGAUGCUAGCGAACUUAGUAAACCAACAUUGCCUGAGACUUGGCCUCCUUUGAUAUGUGUUGGAAUAGCAACUGUCCCUCGGAGGGGAGAGCAAUACGUGGGCUUGACAGUGGCGUCUCUUCUGGCCGAUCUUAAUGAGUCGGAGAGGAGCAGCAUUUUUCUCAAUCUUCUCAUCGGCAACACGGAGGCAUCGAAACAUCCAAUCUAUUCAGAAAAGUGGAUUGAAACGUUGCCCGACCGCGUACUGACAUACCGACAAGACGAUCCCAACUUUGAACGCAUAAAACAAUGGGAGGAAGAUGGUUGGUAUCGAAAUAAGACGAUUUACGACUAUACAUACUUGAUGAAGGAUUGCUACGAUACAGGCGCUGAGUACGUGGCGAUGAUUGAGGAUGAUACUUUGGCGGUGAAGGGCUGGCUCCCAUCCGCCUUACAGGCUCUUGAUAUUGUCAAGCACCGGACCGCAAAUAAGAAUUGGAUAUAUAUGCGACUCUUUUAUGUCGAUGACCUCCUUGGAUGGAAUUCAGAAGAGUGGCCGAGAUAUUUAGCCUGGUCGUUUACGAUCUGGGCAUUACUUACAGGGAUGAUGGUAGCCGCCAGAAAAGUACUCAGGAACGAGCUGAAGACUAUAUCAAUUAGCGCCAUUUGGAUCACAUCGUGCAUUUUUAUCCCCGCAACCAUUGCGCUCCAUUUCAUGGCGGGACGACACACCAUGUGGCCCAUGUCCCCUGGCGUCCAUGAAAUGAACAAAUACGGAUGCUGCUCACAAGGCCUCGUUUUUCCUCGUUCCAUCAUACCUCAAUUUCUUGAGCGGACAGACUUGACGACCGAUUGGCUGGUAGACAUGAUGGUGGAGAAGAUAGCAGAUCGCGAGGGUUGGACACGCUGGGCGGUGAUCCCGCCCCUACUGCAGCAUAUCGGAGCUACUAGUUCCAAGGGAUAUGGUUUUGAUGACUCGGCGAGGACCCUCUGGAACUUCAGGUUUGAAGAAUAUGCCUUCUAG